GUGUCGCCGACUCAGUGCAAGGCAUGCGAUUAACAUGGUCACACAAACGGUACUGUCGUCAACGUGCGCUGCAGCAUUCGACGACGAAUUCGUCAGCGGCGAAUAUUACUUCGGCACGUGUGUUCCGCACAAGAAAAAUGAACGGCAUGCAAGCUUUGAUGACGCUGAUUUUAAUGGUAACUGCCGACUCGGUGCGUUCAUGGACAUGCCCUUCGGACUGUAUCUGUUUAUCGCACUCGCAAAUACUCUGCAACUCCGGACACCUGACGUUCGUGCCAUUGCGCGACAUACCCAAGACCGUCGAACACCUUUCGAUCACCAAAAAUAACAUGACGUAUUUGCCCACCGACGCUUUUACCGGUCUCCGGCACUUGCGAAAGCUGACUUUGGACGCAAAUGGCAUACACCGGGUGGAUCGGUUCGCAUUUCGCGGACUCGUCCGGCUCAGGGAACUGUCCAUCCAGCACACACCACUCGAGUCGCUCGAUAAGUUCUCGUUCGCCGGCCUCCAGAACGUGACGGCCAUUCUGUUGGGGUACAACCAGAUAAGCGUCAUACAUGAGUUCGCGUUUGCCGGUACCGCCAACAUCAGGCUCAUACUGCUAAAUAACAACCCGUUGCACACGGUGUCGGCUAAUGCAUUUUCCAGUCUAACCAAUGUCGAACACCUCAUCCUGCCGUCAGGCAUCCAGCAGCUGCAGCCCGAUGCGUUCAAUGGCCUGGAUUCGGUGGGCCUGCUGAAGCUGUCGUUCAUGGAUCUGGCGUCAUUGAAGCCGUACACGUUCCGUGGUCUCAGCCACGUGCACGUGUUGUCUAUCCAGGAUUCGGACCUGGGCGUAAUCCGGGUGGACGCGUUCACGGGCCUAGCGCACGUCGGCAGUCUCAACCUGUUGAAUAACAAGAUCGAUGUGGUGCAGAGUCUGGCUGUGGCCCGGGACAACCGUAUACGGCACUUCCGGUUCAACGGAAACCACGUGCUAGACAGCCCACGACGGGGCUCGUUCUCGGGGCUCGCUUCCGCCGCCUCCGAUGGGUUUACAGUGGUUGGCAACCACUUCCCGUGCGACUGUCACUUGUUCCGGUUCCUGGACGACUACCCAUUCGGCAACGAAUCCCGAGAUCUUUUCACCGGCAAGAACUAUUGCAUUUCCCCACUGGAGCUCAACGGACAGCCCAUCGCCGUCGUUGACUCCACGGUCGUUGAAAAGUGCCUGCAGACGUCUGUGGCCACCCCGUCGAAGAUCCACACUGACGUUACCACGACUGUAGUCCUGGUUGCAGCGGUGGUCCUCACGUCGACCGGUUCGUUCUUGCAUGACUUGGUGUUGUGAUUCAGUUGUAUAGAACCGUCCAAAACAUCGUCGUUUAUUACGGCCAAACACUGUGUCUAUCGAAUACUAUUGAUUAAAUAUAUUAAUUAUAUAAUAAUUAUAACUUUAUAAAUAUUGUUUUAACUAUUUCCAUAUAUUAACUACUGAAGCAAAAGCAAUUAAACGAACCUCAAAAGUGGCGUUUAACACAAUUGGACGUUGAGUACACGUGUGUGGUUUCCAGCGAAUUUGAAUCAUUAACCACAUAGGUAGGUAAUGUUCUGUUUUUCAUAAAUGCUGUAAUUUUUUAUUUAAAUGUGUAAAUAAUAUUGAUAUUAUAUUACAGUCAUGUGUUUAUUUGAUUGAAUAUUAGAAUAAAUKUAUUUUCGUCACAUAUCAGUUUACAUAUCCUCGAAGAAAAUCUUUUUUCUAUACAUCUUUACAUAACUUAUGGACUUUGAUGCUAAGUAAAUUUUAGUUAUAUUUUCGAAGCCUUCAAUACAUUAUUAGCUCUUCGUAAACAUUAUUGUUUUUACGUUUUUUAAAUAAAUUUCAAACUGAAAUAUAUUUUUGAUCACGAAAAUAUUAUU